AGGCUAGGUCUAGUGAUGACGUGAACCCAGACUGUUUCUAUUUUUCUCUGAGCUCAAAGUGGCUUCCUCUCCCUGCGCCUGCAUUCAGCCAGUGCUUCAUUCUAUAGACAGGGGCUCGUGAGGAGCCAUCACUGCAAGAUCCUGUCUGCCUGGACCAAGGUGACAGUGCCCUGGCAAUGAAACAAACUUACACCCUUCUGUGGAGAUGGACUGCUCUCACCUGGAGACAACCUAAAGAGUCUUUGUUUAAACAAGACCGAUCCACUGAUCCGACAAGGAUGUCUUAAUCCCCAUAUAUGGGAAUCUGCGGGGGAACCGAAGACUCAUUUAAUUGAGCUUGCUAUUGCUAGUAUGCAUAUUUUACUGUCCAGUCUGGAACCGAUUUCUCUGCAAUGGUAUAUUUGAAGAUUUUAAUUUGUGCUUUUGUGUGCACGGUCUGGUGUCUAUUUUAUACCUGCACCCCAAAGACAAUUACACUGCAUAUAUUCUCACUGCAUUAUUGUUUGGACAAAAAGUAACUAGGACUGAUCUCGGCAGCUCCUGAUUACACAAAAGGAUGCCAACUUGUGCAGAGCCCAAAAUAAACACAGCAGGGCUGGGCUGUGAAGGGUUCUGGAGUCGCAGCGUUGCUUCAGACUGGGAGGCAGCAACAUGCUGAGUGAAACCAGCCAGGUCUUACCUCGCUCUGGAUUGUCACAGGAACUUAUUUCAAGCAGUGAUUGAUCUGCUAGCCAAAGCUUUUAACACAUAAAUGCAAACUACAAUAAAUACAACCUGCAACAAAUACAAACUACAAUACCGUCCACUGUCCUUGGGCUUCCCAUGAUAUAAACCCGUUCAAACCAUCAACAACAGGACCACUUUUGAAAUGGAUGCACAUCCCAGAGGGCAGGACAAGCAAUAACCUUCUGCAGCAGAAAUUGACAUUGUACCACUGGGCUGAAGAAGCAGCUCCACUCAAGCAAGCAAAGAGAAACUUUAAACUAGCACUGGGAUCUGCACCAGUUCUCAUUUACUAUUAUUAUUAUUACUAUUAUUAGUAGCAGUAGUAGUAGUUGUAGUAGUAAACAUAGUGCUGGUAGUAGUAUCAGUUAUAACAGUAUUUCUUUUUUUUAUAAACCUCUCUAUUUGUAUUGUCACACGCUGCCUGGCUGGAUAAUGUGACAACCCUUUUUCUCUAGACCUGGUCUGACAUUGCACUGGUUCAACCCGAUUCAGCCCAGUUCAGCCUGGUUUAGCCCGGUUGGGCCAUGGCGACAGCAGCCUGGUACCAUCGUGAUAUAAGCCGGGUGCGGGCCGAGGACUACCUCGCCCGGGCCGGGAGGGACGGCAGCUUCCUGGUGCGGGACAACGAGUCGGUGCCUGGGACCUAUGCACUGUGCCUGCUGUUUCAGUGCCAUGUUCACACCUGUCGAAUCCUGCCUGAUGAGGAAGGCUUACUGGCCGUGCAGACGACGCAGGGGGUGCAGGUGAACUGUUUCCGGACGCUGGCGGACCUGGUCUCGGGUUACCAGCAGCCUCACAAGGGCCUGGACCCCCUGCUGUACCCCGUGGGGAACGAGAGCGAGGCGGGUGACGACGGCUCAGAUGGCGAGGAUGAGAGACCCGGUCCAGCCUGGUUCCAGAGUGCAGUGCAGGCCAGUCCCAGCAGUGCUGGUACAGGGGACUCUCGUCCCCCGCUCCCUACGCAGACCUCCAUCCCCCUCCUCCUCCAACAGCGGCUGCAGGAGCUGGGGCCCCCCAGCAGGGCAAGCGAUCUGAUUGGCUUGGCAAGUGAGUACCUGCGCACCCAGCUACACCUGGACCUGGAGGGAGUGAGGAACGGGAACUCGAACCUGCAGGCUCUGGGGGCUGCCUGCAGAGGGCUGCACAGUGAGAUUGAUCUAAGCCUGUCCAGUCUGGAGACCCUGACUCCCCUCCCCUCACAGGGUGUGCCAGGAGGGGGAGCCUCUGAUCUGGAGAGACUCAUCAUUAAGAUCUCCUCCCUGAACAGCCUGCUGUCCUCACUGGAGAGAAAGGUGCUGAAGGCCCUACAAGAGGCAAUGUCCAAUCACAGCCUGACAGUGCCGCCUGCCCCGCCCACUGGGACCGUCCCCAUCGCUCGCACAAACACCAGAGCCAUGCCUGUUCACACCUUCCAGGUGAAGGUGGGUCGUGCUGGCAGGCUGGCUCUGCAUAUUGAUGUGGACAGAGGGCGGCUGAUCUUCGAUAAGAGACCCGGGGUCUCACACAAGGAAUGCAUCUCGCACGACAGGAUCCUGCAGCUGGUGAAGUACCGGAGUGCUCAGAACCGGCUUCGGAUGGUCCUGGACUCCCAGAAGAACCAGCAGAGAGAGGUCAUGUUUCAAAACGCCCGGAAGAGGGAGGCGUUCUGCCAGCUGCUCCAGCUCAUGAAGACGAGGCACUCCAAGCAGGAUGAGCCCGAUGUCAUCUCCGUCUUCGUGGGCACCUGGAACAUGGGCAAUACCCCUCCUCCCUGCGGCCUGACCUCCUGGCUCACCUCGACUGGUCUGGGGCGGGUGCAGGACGAGACCACAGCAGCGCUGCCCCACGACCUAUAUGCCGUCAGGACGCAGGAGAACACGCUGGGUGAGCGGGAGUGGGCCGAGCACCUGAGGGGGGCGCUGCGGAGCAUCACAGACAUCGACUUCAAAGUGGUGGCCCUGCAGUCUCUUUGGAAUAUCAAACUGGCGGUGCUGGUGAAGCCGGAACAUGAGCACCGCAUCAGCCAUGUGGGCACUUCGAGUGUGAAGACUGGCCUGGGCAACACGUUGGGGAAUAAAGGAGCAGUCGGGGUCUCCUUCCUCUUCAACGGGACCUCCUUUGGCUUCGUCAACGGCCACCUCACCUCCGGCAGUGACAAGACAAUCAGGAGGAACCAGAACUACCAGGACAUCUUGCGCCUGCUGUCUCUGGGGGACAAGCAGCUGAGUGCCUUCGACAUCAGCCUGCGCUUCACUCACCUCUUCUGGUGCGGAGACUUCAACUACCGGCUGGACCUGGACGUGGAGGAGAUCCUGAGACACGUCACCAAGCGAGAGUUCGAAGAGCUGAUGUGUGCUGACCAGCUGACCCGUGAGUGCGACAAGAGGAAAGCCUUCCUGCACUUCAAUGAAGAGGAGAUCGCAUUCCCGCCCACCUACUGUUACGAGAGGGGGUCCAGGGACUGUUACCUGUGGCAGAAAUACAAGACCACUGGGGUGCGGAUCAACGUCCCCUCGUGGUGUGACCGUGUGCUCUGGAAGUCCUACCCAGAGACACACCUCGUCUGCACCUCCUAUGACCUGGGUUUGAGUGUGGAGCGAGCCUGCAUUGAGCUGAAGGGGACUGAAGCCAUUGUGAAGACCGCCAGCAAAUCCAAGUUCUUUACUGAGUUCCACUCCUGCUGCCUGGAAGAGUUCAGGAGGUCGAGUGAGAAUGAUGCUCAGAGCUGUGAGGUGACUGGAUUCCUGAAGCUGGGCUGGUCAGCCAAACAGGCCAAGCUCACCCCGAUCCUGCCUGACAUGGAGUACCUCCGGGAUCAGCACUUGCUUCUCUCUGUCAAGUCCUGUGAUGGAUACGAGUCAUACGGUGAGUGCUGUAUUGCGCUGCGUUCCCUCAUCGGCAGCACUGCCCAGCAGUUCGAGAUGUUCCUGACUCACCGGGCAGAGGAGAUGGGCUCCAUUCGCGGGUGUGUUCGUGUUUACGUGCCAAAGGACAGGCGCGGAACAAGAGAGAGGAUCUACGAGUGCUUCUGCUUUGAGAAGGAUGAGAACAGGGAGGUGAGAGGUGGGUUGUCUCCCCGGACACCCCUCAGCCAUGGUGCAAGCAACGCUCCUGUCUCCUCUGAAACCCCCAGCAGCUACACCAACCCUGCCUACUUCAUAUUCGAAGCGGUCGUCCCGCCACAGAAAGGGCCCCCAGAGGGUGAGCGAACUCCACCAGCCAGUGAAUCCCAGCCAGUGGGGCCCAAAGACCCCACCCUGCACCCCAAACUGCUGACGCAGGACAGCAAAUACCCUCACAGAGCCAACUUUGCUGAAAUUGAAAUCCCGGGGUACACCCCACACUACCAGAGCUCCCGAGAAUACACAUCGGAGCCCGGCUCCUCCUACCAGCUCUUCCCUGCCAAGGACCAAGCCCAGUGAGCACAACCCAGCCCAGAGCAACACCAGAGACCAGCCUGUAUAGCGACCAGUCCUUACAGUACAAUGCCUCUUUGUAUAAGGAUCUGCCCUCUCUGAAUAGGGACCAGCAGAACUACUAUAUGAAACAUGCUGGUGUGUAUGAAGAGCAGUCUUCAUUCUAUAAGGACCUGCACAAACUGAAUAAGGACCUGCUCCUUUUCUACAAGGCACAAGUCAAGGAUCUGUCUCUGAGACGCUCCCGAGCCGAGACUGCUGCUCCCUGGAUCGUGGAUCCUCAGUUUGGAAGCAACGCGGGAGACCAGUCCCUCACCGCGCUCCAGAUUGCCAAAUCACUCAGCGAAGUGGACUUCCAGCCAAUCAGAAGCGAGUAUUCAGUCCCCAGGGGGCGGGGGCGGGUUGCAGUGUUUGAGGUCCCUGCCUCCUCUGCUGUGUGGAGUCAAGGAGCCUGCUGGGAACCCCACCCAGGACAGGGAGAGGUAUUGAGAGAAACAUUCUCACUGUUAUUGUAGGGGCUUUCAUCUUUACGUUUCAUUUUAGGUGGUUCAUCAGAGCGUGAAAAUGAUCAAUGAAUCGAUUUCAUUAGAUUGUACUGAUAGCCGACAGCAAAACAGUCAAACAGUUUACCAUUAACAUGAAGCUCUAAAAUACUUUUUUUGUUACCUUUUUAAUACUAACUAAUUCGAUUAAUAGGUUCACAAUUAGUUUUUUUAACAAAUAAAGCUGAUAACGCAACAUUCAUAAUCGAUUAAAUCCCUUAACUAUUCUUCUUCUUCUUCUUCUUCUUCUUCUUCUUCUUCUUCUUCUUGCUAUUGUUGUUAUUGCUGAUGUUGGCGCUGUUGUGAUGCUGUCUGUCGCCCCCUGUGUGCAAGCGCUGGCAGUGCGCGAUGUGCCAGGGACAGUGGGGGAGUGGCUCAGGGUGCUGGGGCUGCAGCGCUACGAGGCGGGACUCAGCCUGAAGGGCUGGAAUGAGCUGGAAUACUUCAGGUGAGGGGUUGGCUCCUCUGGGGCCAGCUCCAGCCCAGCAGGGGGACGGGUUUCAAUGGAAACCAGAACUUCUGCUGAAAAGUGACAUCACUGAAGAGGACUUGCUGGAAGCUGGAGUGAGGAUCCCUGCCCAUAGGAGGGUGAUCCUGGAAAACCUUCGUGAAAUCUGGGAUUCUCGAUUGGAGUUGUGGAAAUAACAACUGCACUAAGAUUGACCUCUUUCUCAUCGUGGCUCGUGUGUCUGUGCUUGAAUGAGCCGAAGAGACUAUCAUUGGAGCUCUGCAAGUUUUUAUUCUUCCCUGUGUUUGAGAGAUAUCGCCUCCCGGUGGCCUGUUAUCUGUUCACUUGAAAAUAGACAUCCAGUUGCUGCAAUCCUCCUUAUUGAAUUAUAAGGUUCAUCAUGCAGACAGCCAGGCUUAUCCCAAUUCGUCCCCUGGUCCUUCUGUGUCAUGCAUCAUCUGUUUCUGAUAUCUCCUACUGUUUUGAAAUUAAAUAUCGCAUUUACCUUAUAUUCAUUUCCAGCACAAGGAUGUGCAUUUCUUUAUCAGGGAUUAGAGCUAAACCUAUUUCACAGCCACUCUUGUAAUUACUUCUAAGACCCAAUUCAUUUCAGUUCUGUUUUAUAAGCUAGCCACCCACACUGGUGCCUGGGUCCUCUGUCUGCUGCUUUCACAUGCCAUGGGCACCCUCUGAAAAGAGGAGCUGGCAUGGUGGGGCUCAGCUAGCACAAUAGAGCUUGGUGGUAACUUGGAUCCUCAAUAAAAGUUACCAUAAUAAUUUGACAUGCUGGAUGACAGAUUUAUUUGUCUUUUUUUUUUUUUUUUUUUUAAAUGUAGUUGUCGCCAAUUGUUUUUUUUUCCCUCCCA